UUCUAAUUAAGUUUCUAAUCAAAACAAAACAACAGAGACUGAGGCUGAACGGUCAACUCACCAAACCGGGCAAUCUUACCAGUUACUGAACUUUCUUAUUCUUAUCUUUUUUCGACAGCAUGGAAAUGGAAGAGCAUGCCAUAAAGCGUCCCAGCAAACUCUGGGCUAACUUGAUCCCCAAGAGACAUAUGUUAACUGUUUCAAGUCUGAUAGCUGUUUGCCUGGGGGUUGGCCUAGGCAUGAGUCUGAAGACCUUUGCCCAUCUGUCAGACCUCGACAAAACCUAUAUUGGUUUUCCAGGGGAGAUUCUCAUGCGCCUGCUUCAGUUGGUUACUGUUCCGCUCAUUGUGUCAAAUGUGGUAACGGAAAUUUGUGGUCUGAGAGUUGGAACCUCCAGAAAAAUCACCAUACGUGCAAUAGUGUACUUUGUCAUGACCACUCUCCUGUCCGUUACUAUAGGAAUCAUGUUGGUACUGUUGGUCAAGCCUGGGGUCAGCCAAAAUGCUGCUACAGUUGAGACAGAUGAUGAUGAUGAUGAUGAUGAUGAAGAAGCCUUCUCCAGUGUCGAAGCCUUGUUGGAUCUGAUAAGAAACAUGGUGCCAACCAAUCUUGUUCUGGCUAGCUUCCAACAGUACAAGACUCAGAAGGUGCUGGUCGAAAUUGAAGAAGGCGAAUACAAUGCUUCCAUGGUUGGGAAGGAGGUGCGUCUGGUGGGCAAGUAUAUUGACGGACUCAACACUAUGGGCCUGAUUGUCUGGUCUGUUAUUUUUGGGCUGGCCCUCAGAAGAAUGGCAGAAAGAGGGAAACUCUUUGUGGACAUCGUCAUUGCCAUCAACGUGGCCACUAAGCUUGUGGUUAGAAAGAUAAUAGGGUUCUUGCCGAUAGGGGUGUUGUUCAUGACUGCGAGCUAUGUCGUUGAGGUUGGGGACAACUGGGAGACUGUUUUGAAAUUGGGAAAGUUCAUGUUAGUGGUUGUCAGUGGGCUCCUUGUCCAUGGAGUAAUUGCUCUACCCCUGAUCUAUUUCCUGUUUGUGAGGCAUAACCCCUUCAUUGUCAUUAAAGGAGUUUUUCCUGCUUUAAUGAAGGCCAUGCUCAUCUCGCGCAGCUAUGCGGCCUCGCUGACUUUCCAGUGUUGUGAACAAGUAAACAUGAUUGACAAAAGAAUCACUCGCUUCAUGCUGCCUAUUGGCAUAAACAUCAAUAUGGAUGGAACAGCCCUUUAUGAAGUGGCUGCUGCAAUCUUCAUCGCCCAACUCAACAGCAUCAAACUGAACUGGAGCCAGGUAUUUACCAUGGGUGUGACAGUAGCUGUGUCCAGCGUAGGAGAAGCAGGGAUCCCAUCUACAGGAACAGUCACCACUCUCUUCAUUCUGACAGUCAUUGGGAUUCCUGCAAGGGACGCCUCCCUUUUGUUGGCUAUAGAGUGGCUGCUAGAUCGUGGCAACACUGCUGUCAAUGUCCUGGGAGACUGUCUCGGUGUAGCGCUUGUUGAGCAUCUGUCAAGAAAAGAUUUGGAGGAAAUGGAUGAGCUAGGACAGUAUGAGAUACUGGCCGCCUGAAAGUUUCCUCUGAUAGUGAAGACCUGAAAGCCAACGGCUCCAAGACAGCAGCAGUUGACCAAGCGUGUGUGUAACCUGUAACCUUGGCUCAACACAAACACGGUCUGAGAAUCAACAGCGUGAAUAGAGCUGACUUUAAAAAGAAUCCCCCAGUGUCAGAAAUACAUUCAUUUUGAAAUUUGCUAUUAUUUUCUUCUUUUGUGGCAUUGUUUUUGCAUUUUGCUGCUGUUUUGCUUUUCCCCUUUUUUAUUUGUGUAGUUUUAGCAUAAACAAGGGUAACAAGGGUAAUUCCCAAAUACCAUAAAUGACUGUUACCAUCUCUAUUAUUAUUUCAUUUGUUUGUUGUUACAUAUUCGUAGCUUUUGUUGUUUUGGUUUGGUUUUAGAGAUAUUGCGGUCGCAUGGUUGUACAAUAGUUUUUGACAUGACCCUUUGUUUCUCAGUAAAUACCAAGAAAAAGCAAACUGGUUGACUGUACUGCAUGUUUCCAUGGGUUAGCAGUAAGUGUGAUGUGAUACAAUACAUUUGCAUACAUCAGGAUGAAAAACAACAGAUCACAAAUCAUAUAAGACAGAACAGAGAUAGAGGUGAAAGUGAAAGUUGUUAUGUGUCAGACACAUGCUGGCCAGAGGGUUAAAUCUCAUAGUGACCUAA